AUGGUAGAUAACAGACCGUUAAGUAAAAUGGAUGAAGAUCGUGAUGAUAUGGGUGAACUUCUAGACCUAACCCCUUCAUCAUCCGAAUCAUCGUAUUCCACAGAUGAAUCAGAAUUUUAUGCACCACAAGUUCCUAUUGUCCUCGAACUACACGAUAUUAAAAAAGAUGAUCAAUCACCAGGACCUGAGAAUACGGAGAAUCCUGUCGUUACAGGAUCAAAAUUGAAGAAGCAUAAGAAAAAGAAAAAAGGAAAUUCUGCUAAAGAUAAGCGUCAUUCCACUGAGUCCACUGAAACGGUGUCUGACUCUGGUUCUAUACCUCCAACAGCUGCAGAAGCUAAAGAAGAGUUUUAUGAUGCCCAUGAAAGCUAUCAUGCUAUACCAGAGAACCAAGGACCGCUAGCUACCGCACCGACAGUGGCUGCAGUUGCAGUCCCUCGAUUGCAAGAUAUUUCAGAAAGCAGCGAUAUCUCUAAGGCUCCUCCUGUCGUGGCAGCGCCUUCUGCAGAAGAGCAAACCACUCCACCAGCUACGAAGAAAGACUCGGCUAUUACUAAACCAACAUCAACGCAGGAAUAA